CGCCAUUUUCGAGCUGUUGAUGAGACUGUCUUUAAAGCCAAGAAGAUGUAUCCGAGCACAGGAAGAAGAACGAAUAGAAGUUAGUACGAAGAAGUGAGGAUCAAGCAACUGAAAUUCAGUUAUUUUCUGAGAGUUGAUGAAUCGGUGCGUGAAACGAAACAUCGAUCAGCGAUGUGAACGUGACAGGGAAAUCGCCAGAUCAAAAAAAAAGAGAACGAAUCCACUUCAACUUCGUCAAGGAAAGUGCUUCUUCAUGCUGGACGUCACGACGGUGGGCUCGGAGCUGGCACCCGCACAGCAGGACUCGACUCUAGCCGACCUCCUCUUCUUCCUUGACCAGUUCGGCUCCACGCGUGCAGUCCGCAUCAAGUUGCAUGAGCAACAGAGUGAGAUAAGACGGCUCGAGCGUCAAGUCGAGCGUCUGAUGCACAACGAAGACGAAAGCACGCUGCAGAAGACGACGAGCACUACGGGAGAAAUUGGAGAUCCAGAGACACAAAUUGUGAGCCUACGGAGCACAUUGCGGUGGUUUGAGGACGGGCGAUGA